AUGGCUUACAACACUCGAAAGGAGAUCGUCUGUCGAUGUGUUGGACAGGUUUCUGUGGCCGCGGCCCGUGAGUCUCCGGGGGCUGGGAUCCCGGAGCCAGACGUGCUGGAGGGGCCCUGGAGGCGGGGCGAGGGGGCGCCCGGUGUGCACCGGGCCUCGGCAGGGCCUUCUGGGGCCAAAGCGGCCUUUGGCAAGUCCGCGCCCUGGAGGAGCGCUGGGGUCUCCGUGGUCGCGGCGGUCCUAGUAGGCGAGACGGCGGGCGCAGAUGACUGGCUGGCGCCGCGCCCGGCCAAUGGCGGAGGUCGCCGCCUCUGGCUAAAGAAAGAACUCUCAGCCACCAAGAAGGACCGUGUGAAUCAUUGUCUGACAAUAUGUGAAAACAUAGUGGCACAGUCUCUCAGAAAUUCUCCAGAAUUUCAGAAACUUCUGGGCAUCGCUAUGGAACUUUUUCUGCUGUGCAGUGAUGACGCAGAGUCAGAUGUCAGGAUGGUGGCUGACGAGUGCCUCAACAAAGUCAUAAAAGCUUUGAUGGAUUCUAAUCUUCCGAGGUUACAGUUAGAACUCUAUAAGGAAAUUAAAAAGAACGGCGCUCCUCGGAGCCUGCGCGCUGCCCUGUGGAGGUUUGCCGAGCUGGCUCACCUCGUUCGGCCUCAGAAAUGCAGGCCUUACUUGGUAAACCUUUUGCCUUGCCUGACGCGCACAAGCAAGAGACCCGAGGAGUCUGUCCAGGAGACCUUGGCUGCAGCUGUCCCUAAGAUUAUGGCUUCUUUUGGCAAUUUUGCAAACGACAAUGAAAUUAAGGUUCUGUUAAAGGCUUUCAUAGCGAAUCUGAAGUCCAGCUCUCCUACCGUGCGGCGGACAGCAGCCGGCUCGGCGGUGAGCAUCUGCCAGCACUCCAGGAGGACACAGUACUUUUACAGCUGGCUGCUCAGUGUGCUCUUAGGUUUGCUGGUUCCCGUGGAGGAGGAACGCUCCGCCCUUCUGAUUCUCGGAGUGCUGCUCACACUGAGGUAUUUGGUGCCCUUGCUGCAGCAGCAGGUCAAGGACACGAGCCUGAAAGGCAGCUUUGGGGUGACACGGAAAGAGAUGGAGGUCUCCCCCUCGACGGAGCAGCUUGUCCAGGUGUACGAAUUGACCUUGCAUUAUACUCAGCACCAAGACCACAAUGUUGUGACUGGGGCACUGGAACUCCUGCAGCAGCUCCUCAGAACCCCUCCACCUGAGCUCCUGCGAGCGCUGACCGCAGCGGGCGGCAUCAGGCAGCUCACUGCCGCUAAGGAUGAGCCCAGUUGCCGAAGUCGUAGCGGAAGUAUCGUGGAGCUUAUAGCUGGAGGGGGUUCUUCAUGCAGCCCUGUCCUUUCAAGAAAACAAAAAGGGAAAGUGCUCUUUGGAGAAGCAGCAGCCUUGGAGGAUGACUCUGAGUCAAGGUCAGAUGGCAGCAGCCCCACCUUUUCAGCCUCAGUCAAGGGUGAGAUUGGUGGUGAGCUGGCUGCCUCUUCUGGGGUCUCCACUCCUGGCUUAGCUGCCGACUCUGUGGGUCACGACAUCAUCACUGAGCAGCCCCGCUCACAGCACACACUUCAGACGGACUCGGUGGAUCUGACCGGCUGUGACUUGACGAGCGGUGCCACUGAUGGGGACGAGGAGGACAUCUUGAGCCACAGCUCCAGCCAAAUGAGCGCCAUCCCGUCUGACCCUGCCAUGGACCUGAACGAUGGGACCCAGGCCUCCUCUCCCAUCAGUGACAGCUCCCAGACCACCACCGAGGGGCCCGAUUCAGCCGUGACCCCUUCCGACAGUUCUGAAAUUGUAUUAGAUGGUGCCGACAGCCAGUACCCAGGGAUGCAGGCGGGGCAGCCCCAGGACGAGGACGAGGAUGCUGCUGUGGUUCUUCCUGAUGAAGACGCGGAGGCUUUCAGAAACUCUUCCAUCGCCCUUCAACAAACACAUUUGUUGAAAAGCAUGGGCCACAGCAGGCAGCCCUCUGACAGCAGUAUAGAUAAAUUUGUCUCAAGAGAUGAAGCUGCUGAGCCAGGAGAUCCAGAAGACAAGCCCUGCCGGAUCAAAGGCGACAUUGGCCAGUCCAGUGAUGAAGAUUCUGCUCCUCUUGUCCAUUGUGUCCGCCUUCUGUCCGCUUCAUUUUUGCUAACUGGGGAAAAACACGCCUUGGUUCCGGAUAGGGAUGUGAGGGUCAGCGUGAAGGCACUGGCGCUCAGCUGUGUUGGAGCUGCUGUGGCCCUUCACCCUGAAUCUUUCUUCGUCAGACUUUACAGAGCACCGCUUGACACUAUGGAAUACCCUGAGGAGCAGUACGUGUCAGACAUCUUGAACUACAUCGACCAUGGGGACCCACAGGUCAGAGGAGCCACAGCUAUCCUCUGUGGGACCCUUGUCUCCUCCAUCCUCAGCAGGUCCCGCUUCCACGUGGGAGACUGGAUGGGCACCGUCAGAACUCUGACAGGAAAUACAUUUUCUCUGGCGGACUGCAUCCCCCUGCUGCAGAAAGCUUUGAAGGACGAGUCUUCUGUUACUUGCAAGUUGGCUUGUACAGCUGUGAGGCUCUGCGUCAUGAGUCUCUGCAGCAGCAGCUACAGCGAGUGGGGGCUGCAGCUCCUCACCGACAUGCUGGCCCUGCGGAGCAGCUCCUACUGGCUGGUGAGGACGGAGCUUCUGGAGACCGUGGCAGAGAUCGACUUCAGGUUGGUGAGCUUUUUGGAGGCAAAAGCAGAAAACCUACACAGAAGGGCCCAUCAUUAUACAGGGCUUUUAAAACUGCAAGAACGAGUGCUCAAUAACAUUGUCAUCUAUUUGCUUGGGGAUGAAGACCCCAGGGUGCGCCAUGUUGCUGCAGCUUCGUUAAUGAGGCUUGUUCCGAAGCUGUUUUAUAAGUGCGACCAAGGACAGGCUGACGCAGUCGUGGCCAUGGCGAGAGGUCAAAGCAGCGUUCACCUGAAGCUUCUCAUGCACGAGGCGCAGCCUCCAUCUCACUUCUCCACCAGCACCAUAACCAGAGUAUAUAGAGGCUAUAACCUACUACCAAGCAUAACAGACGUCACUAUGGAAAAUAACCUUUCGAGAGUCAUUGCAGCAGUUUCUCAUGAGCUAAUCACAUCAACCACGAGGGCGCUCACAUUUGGAUGCUGUGAAGCUCUGUGUCUUCUGUCAACUGCCUUUCCAGUUUGCAUUUGGAGUUUAGGUUGGCACUGUGGAGUGCCCCCACUGAGCGCCUCUGAUGAGUCUAGAAAGAGCUGUACUGUGGGCAUGGUCACGAUGAUCCUGACCCUGCUUUCAUCAGCCUGGUUCCCACUGGAUCUCUCAGCCCAUCAAGAUGCUUUGAUUUUAGCCGGGAACUUGCUUGCAGCCAGUGCCCCCAGAUCUCUGAGGAGCUCGUGGGCCUCCGAAGAAGAGGCCAGCCCUGCAGCCACCAAGCAGGAGGAGGUGUGGCCGGCUCUGGGCGAGCGGACCCUGGUGCCCAUGGUGGAGCAGCUUUUCUCUCACCUGCUGAAGGUGGCCAACAUCUGUGCGCACGUCCUGGACGAUGUGGCUCCUGGACCAGCAAUAAAGGCAGCCUUGCCAUCUCUAACAAACCCGCCUUCUCUGAGUCCAAUCCGACGGAAGGGAAAAGAGAAGGAACCCGGAGAGCAGGCGUCUGUACCCGUGAGUCCCAAGAAAGGCGGUGAGGCCAGUCCAGCCUCUCGACCGUCUGAAACCUCAGGGCCUGUUGCAGCAACCAAGUCCUCGUCAUUGGGGAGUUUCUGUCACCUUCCUUCUUACCUUAAAUUGCACGAUGUCCUGAAAGCUACACACGCAAACUACAAGGUCACCUUGGAUCUUCAGAGCAACACCGAAAAGUUUGGGGCUUUUCUGCGCUCUGCCUUGGAUGUUCUCUCUCAGAUUCUAGAGUUGGCAACACUGCAGGACAUCGGGAAGUGUGUCGAAGAGAUCCUGGGGUACCUGAAAUCCUGCUUCAGUCGAGAACCAGUGAUGGCAACUGUUUGUGUCCAGCAGCUGUUGAAGACUCUCUUUGGGACAAACUUGGCCUCCCAGUUUGAUGGCUUAUCUUCCAACCCCAGCAAGUCUCAAGGGCGUGCUCAGCGCCUUGGUUCCUCCAGCGUGAGGCCGGGCUUGUACCAUUACUGCUUCAUGGCUCCGUACACCCACUUCACCCAGGCCUUAGCCGACGCCAGCCUGAGGAACACGGUGCAGGCAGAGCAGGACCACGACACUUCAGGGUGGUUUGACGUACUCCAGAAAGUGUCUACCCAAUUGAAGACAAACCUCACCAGCGUCGCAAAGAACCGCGCGGACAAGAAUGCUAUUCAUAAUCACAUUCGUUUGUUUGAGCCUCUUGUUAUAAAAGCUUUAAAACAGUACACGACAACCACCUCUGUGCAGUUACAGAAGCAGGUUUUGGAUUUGCUGGCACAGCUGGUUCAGUUACGGGUUAACUACUGCCUUCUGGAUUCGGAUCAGGUGUUCAUCGGAUUUGUGCUGAAGCAGUUUGAAUACAUUGAAGUGGGCCAGUUCAGGGAAUCAGAGGCAAUUAUUCCAAACAUCUUUUUCUUCCUGGUAUUACUGUCUUAUGAACGCUAUCAUUCAAAACAGAUCAUUGGAAUUCCUAAAAUCAUCCAGCUCUGUGACGGCAUCAUGGCCAGUGGGAGGAAAGCUGUGACACACGCCAUACCAGCCCUGCAGCCUAUAGUCCACGACCUCUUCGUUUUAAGAGGAACCAAUAAAGCUGAUGCAGGAAAAGAGCUUGAAACCCAGAAAGAGGUGGUGGUGUCAAUGUUACUGAGACUCAUCCAGUACCAUCAGGUGUUGGAGAUGUUCAUCCUGGUCCUGCAGCAGUGCCACAAGGAGAGCGAGGACAAGUGGAAGCGGCUCUCUCGGCAGGUAGCCGACAUCAUCCUCCCGAUGUUGGCCAGGCAACAGAUGCACAUUGAUUCUCACGAAGCACUUGGAGUGUUAAAUACGUUAUUUGAGAUUUUGGCCCCUUCCUCCCUCCGUCCUGUGGACAUGCUUUUACGGAGUAUGUUCGUCACCCCAGAUACCCUGGCAUCUGUGAGCACUGUUCAACUAUGGAUAUCCGGAAUCCUAGCCAUUCUGAGGGUUCUGAUUUCCCAGUCAACUGAAGACAUUGUUCUUUCUCGCAUUCAGGAGCUUUCCUUCUCUCCAUAUUUACUCUGCUGUCCGAUAAUUAAUAGGUUAAGAGAUGGGGACAGUAAUUCAGUACUGGAAGAACACAGUGAAGGGAGACAAACGAAGGAUUUGCCAGAAGAAACAUUUUCCAGGUUUCUGCUACAACUGGUUGGCAUCCUUUUAGAGGACAUUGUUACAAAGCAGCUAAGAGUGGAAAUGAGUGAACAGCAGCAUACUUUCUACUGCCAAGAACUAGGCACGCUGCUCAUGUGUCUGAUCCACAUCUUCAAGUCUGGGACAUUCCGGAGAAUCACCACAGCUGCCUCGAGACUCUUGACGGACGGCGCGGACGGCAGCUUCUAUGGCCUGGAGAGCUUGAACGCGUGGGUGCGCUCCAUGGUCCCCACCCACCCGGCCCUCGUGCUGCUCUGGUGUCAGAUCCUGCUGCUCGUCAGCCACACCGACUACCGCUGGUGGGCAGAGGUGCAGCAGACCCCCCGAAGACGCAGUCUGUCCAGCACGAAGUCACUUAGUCCCCGGAUGUCUGGAGAGGACGAGGAUUCUGAUGUGGCUUCCAAACUGGGAACGUGCAAUAGAGAAAUAGUACGAAGAGGAGCUCUCAUUCUCUUCUGCGAUUAUGUCUGCCAGAACCUGCACGAUUCAGAGCACUUAACGUGGCUCAUCGUCAACCACAUUCAGGACCUGAUCAGCCUGUCCCACGAGCCUCCUGUGCAGGACUUCAUUAGUGCUGUCCAUCGGAAUUCCGCGGCCAGCGGCCUUUUCAUCCAGGCAAUUCAGUCUCGUUGUGAAAAUCUUUCAACUCCCACCACGCUGAAGAGAACCCUCCAGUGCCUGGAAGGGAUCCACCUGAGCCAGUCGGGCGCCGUGCUGACGCUGUACGUGGACAAGCUUUUGUGUACUCCAUUCCGUGUGCUGGCUCACAUGGUCGACACCCUUGCUUGUCGCCGGGUGGAGAUGCUCCUGGCUGCAAAUUUACAGAACAGCACGGCCCAGCUGCCGGCGGAAGAGCUAAGCAGGAUCCAGGAGCACCUGCAGAGCAGCGGGUUAGCGCAGAGACACCAAAGGCUCUACUCCCUGCUGGACAGGCUUCGUCUCGCCACCGCACCGGCAUCGCGUGGCCCCGCUCCUCUGGUCACGCCCCACCCGCUGGACGGGGACGGGCCCCUGGCACUGGAGACAGUGAGUCCUGACAAAGACUGGUACGUACGUCUGGUUAAAUCCCAGUGCUGGACACGGUCAGACUCUGCACUGCUGGAAGGGGCGGAGCUGGUGAAUCGGAUCCCUCCGGGUGACUUGAGCGCGUUCAUGAUGAACUCGGAGUUCAACGUGAGCCUGCUAGCCCCGUGCUUGGGCCUGGGCGCGCGUGAGAUCUGCGGGGGCCAGAAGAGCCCCCUUUUUGCAGCAGCUCGCACGGCAACUCUGGACCGCGUGACCAGUGUGGUUCAGCAGCUGCCCGCUGUUCACCACGUUUUCCAGCCGUUCCUGCCUGCAGAGCCCACCGCCUACUGGAGCAAGUUGGAUGAUCUCUUUGGGGAUGCCGUGCUGUAUCGGACCCUGACCACUCUGGCCCGGGCCCUGGCCCAGUACCUGUUGGUGUUCUCCAGGCUGCCCGGCCACUUGCGCCUUCCUCCCGAGAAGGAGAGGGACACCGUGAACUUUGUGGUCAUGACCCUCGAGGCCCUGUCGUGGCAUUUGAUCCACGAGCAGAUCCCACUGAGUCUGGACCUGCAGGCGGGCCUGGACUGCUGCUGCCUGGCUCUGCAGCUGCCCGGCCUCUGGGGCCUGCUCUCCUCUGCUGAGAUGGUGACCCACGCCUGCUCCCUCAUCCACUGCGUGCGGUUCAUCCUGGAAGCCAUUGUGGUGCAGCCUGGGGACCAGCUUCUUAGUCCAGAAAGAAGGACGAACACCCCACAGGCCGCCAGAGAGGACGAAGUGGAUUCAAACACACAGAACCCUCAGUAUGUCACUGCAGCCUGUGGGAUGGUGGCCGAGAUGGUGGAGGCACUGCCGUUGGUGCUGGCCUUGGGUCAUAAAAGGAACAGCAGCGCCCCGGCGUUCCUCACGCCGGUGCUCAAGAACAUCGUCAUCAGCCUGGCCCGCUUGCCCCUCGUCAACAGCUACACGCGCGUCCCGCCCCUGGUGUGGAAACUCGGAUGGUCACCCAAACCAGGAGGGGAUUUUGGCACCGUGUUCCCCGAGAUCCCCGUGGAGUUCCUCCAGGAAAAGGAAGUCUUCAAAGAGUUCAUCUACCGCAUCAAUACGCUAGGUAGUCCGGGUCUCCCCUCCGGCGUGGUUACACGUCAUCACGAAGACACGGAGAGGACCCAGAUCCACGUCCUGGCCGUGCAGGCCAUCACCUCCCUGGUGCUGAGCGCGAUGACUGUGCCUGUGGCCGGCAACCCAGCCGUGAGCUGCUUGGAGCAGCAGCCCCGGAACAAGCCCCUGAAAGCUCUCGACACCAGGUUUGGGAGGAAGUUGAGCAUCAUCAGAGGAAUCGUAGAGCAGGAAAUUCAAGCGAUGGUUUCAAAGAGGGAGAAUAUCGCCACCCAUCAUCUGUACCAGGCGUGGGACCCCAUCCCUUCUCUGUCUCCAGCUGCUACCGGUGCCCUCAUCAGCCACGACAAGCUCCUGCUGCAGGUCAACCCCGAGCGGGAGCUGGGGAACACGAGCUACAACCUCGGCCAGGUAUCCAUCCGCUCCGUGUGGCUGGGGAGCAGCGUCACGCCCCUGAGAGAGGAGGAGUGGGCCGAGGAGGAGGAGGCCCCCGCGCCGUCGUCCCCACCCACGUCUCCAGUCAGCGCCAGGAAACACCGGGCUGGAGUCGACAUCCAUUCCUGUUCGCAGUUUUUGCUCGAGUUGUACAGUCGCUGGAUCCUGCCGUCAAGUUCAGCCAGGAGGACCCCCGUCAUCCUGAUCAGCGAGGUGGUGCGGUCGCUCCUCGUGGUCUCAGACUUGUUUACGGAGCGCAGCCAGUUUGAGACGAUGUACCUGACGCUGACAGAGCUGCGGAGGGUGCACCCUUCGGAGGACGAGAUUCUCCAACAGUACCUGGUACCCGCCACCUGCAAGGCGGCCGCCGUCCUCGGGAUGGACAAGGCCGUGGCAGAGCCGGUCAGCCGGCUGCUGGAGAGCACGCUCAGGAGCGGCCAUCUGCCCAGCAGGAUCGGAGCCCUGCAUGGCGUCCUCUACGUGCUGGAGUGUGACCUCCUGGACGACACCGCAAAGCAGCUCAUCCCGGUCAUCAGCGACUAUCUCCUCUCCAACCUCAAAGGCACAGCCCACUGCGUGAACACCCACAGCCAGCAGCACGUGCUGGUGAUGUGUGCCACGGCCUUCUACCUGAUUGAGAACUACCCGCUGGACGUCGGGCCAGAGUUCUCGGCAUCCAUAAUACAGAUGUGUGGGGUGAUGCUGUCUGGAAGCGAGGAGUCCACCCCAUCCAUCGUUUACCACUGUGUCCUGAGGGGCCUGGAGCGCCUCCUGCUCUCCGAGCAGCUCUCCCGGCUGGAUGCGGAGUCCCUGGUCAAGCUGAGCGUGGACAGAGUGAACGUGCACAGCCCACACCGCGCCAUGGCGGCCCUGGGCCUGAUGCUCACCUGUAUGUACACAGGAAAGGAGAAAAUCAGUCCAGGCAGAACCUCAGACCCCAGCCCUGCCGCCCCUGACAGCGAGUCAGUGAUUGUGGCCAUGGAGCGUGUGUCUGUUCUCUUUGACAGGAUCAGGAAGGGGUUUCCCUGUGAAGCCAGAGUGGUGGCGCGGAUCCUCCCCCAGUUUCUAGAUGACUUCUUCCCGCCCCAGGACGUCAUGAACAAGGUCAUUGGAGAGUUUCUGUCCAAUCAGCAACCGUACCCACAGUUCAUGGCCACCGUAGUGUACCAGGUGUUCCAGACUCUGCACAGCACGGGGCAGUCGUCCACGGUCCGGGACUGGGUCAUGCUGUCCCUCUCCAACUUCACGCAGAGGACGCCGGUUGCCAUGGCCAUGUGGAGCCUCUCCUGCUUCUUUGUCAGCGCUUCCACCAGCCCGUGGGUUUCAGCAAUCCUUCCGCACGUCGUGAGCAGGAUGGGCAAGCUGGAGCACGUGGACGUGCACCUCUUCUGCCUGGUGGCCGCGGACUUCUACAGGCACCAGAUAGAGGAGGAGCUCGACCGCAGGGCCUUCCAGUCUGUGUUCGAGGUGGUCGCAGUGCCAGGAAACCCGUAUCACCGCCUGCUGGCUUGUUUGCGGAAUGUCCACAAGGUCACCACGUGCUGA